AUGGCCUUCUAUCGCUCGGUUGUUUCUCUCCUGCGCACGUCCCGGCACGUUGUAUCCCCCGCUCGAGGUGUCAAUCCCGUCAACAGAGUCUUCGGCCAUGACAGAUUCGCCGCCCGAGCAUAUGCCACCGUUUUCGAGCGGACGAAGCCCCAUGUGAAUGUUGGUACAAUCGGUCACGUCGAUCAUGGAAAGACCACCCUUACAGCAGCAAUCACGAAAAGGCAGGCAGACAAGGGCAUGGCGCAGUUUCUCGACUAUGGCAAGAUUGAUAAAGCUCCGGAAGAGCGGAAACGUGGUAUCACCAUCGCCACUGCGCACAUCGAAUACGAGACCAGCAACCGGCACUAUUCCCACGUCGACUGUCCUGGUCACGCUGAUUACAUCAAGAACAUGAUCACAGGUGCUGCCCUGAUGGAUGGCGCUGUCGUGGUGGUUGCCGCUGGUGAUGGUCAGAUGCCUCAAACACGAGAGCAUCUCCUGUUAGCCCGUCAGGUCGGUGUCCAAAAGCUGGUUGUUUUCGUCAACAAGGUCGACACCGUCGAGGACCCUGAAAUGUUGGAACUUGUCGAAAUGGAAAUGCGCGAGCUCCUGUCCUCAUAUGGCUUCGAUGGAGACAACACCCCCAUAAUCUUUGGUUCUGCCCUCUGCGCUCUUGAAGGUACCCGACCCGAGAUCGGGGUCGAAAAGAUCGAUGCUCUGCUGGAGGCUGUUGAUACCUGGAUCCCAACCCCUGUCCGCGACACUGAGAAGCCCUUCCUCAUGUCAGUCGAAGAAGUCUUCUCCAUUGCAGGACGAGGCACUGUCGCCUCUGGCCGCGUUCUGCGGGGCAUUUUGAAGAAGGACAGUGAAGUGGAGAUCGUGGGUGGUCGUGAAGAGGUCAUCAAAACCAAGGUCACAGAUAUCGAGACAUUCAAGAAGUCCUGCGACGAGUCGAGAGCUGGCGACAACUCGGGUCUUCUCCUCCGCGGUGUCAAGCGGGAGGAUGUCAAGCGUGGAAUGGUGGUUGCCGUUCCGGGUACUGCCAAGGCACAUCAAGAAGCGCUUGUGUCGCUCUACAUUCUGACAGAAGAGGAAGGAGGGAGAAAAUCAGGCUUCACUGAGAAUUACAAACCACAAGUCUACAUCCGGACCGCCGACGAGGCCGCACAACUCAAGUUCCCAGAGGGGACCGAAGAUCCGUCCAAGAUGGUCAUGCCCGGCGACAACCUGGAGAUGGUCCUGAAGACCCACCACCCGGUGGUUAUGGAGGCUGGUGAGCGAUUCAACAUGCGAGAGGGUGGGCGAACGGUCGCCACUGGCCUUAUCACCAGAAUCCUGAAAUAG